GCUGCGGGGGCGGAGGCUGAGACGCCUGCUCCUCCCGAAGGAGGUGGCUGCCGGUCAGUACGUGGGGCGGACAGCGAUGAAGCCGCCUAGUUCAAUGCAAACAAGUGAGUUCGACUCAUCAGAUGAAGAGCCUGUUGAAGAUGAACAGACUCCAAUUCAAAUAUCAUGGCUACCCCUGUCACAAGUGAAUUGUUCUCAGUUUCUUGGUUUAUGUGCUCUUCCAGGUUGUAAAUUUAAAGACGUUAGAAGAAACAUCCAAAAAGAUACAGAACUAAAGAGCUAUGGUAUACAAGACAUAUUUGUUUUCUGCACCAGAGGGGAACUGUCAAAAUAUAGAGUUCCAAACCUUUUGGACCUCUACCAUAAGUACGGAAUUAUCACUCAUCAUCAUCCAAUCCCAGAUGGAGGGACUCCUGACAUAGCCGGCUGCUGUGAAAUAAUGGAGGAGCUUGAAAUCUGCCUUAAAAACAACCGAAAAACCUUAAUACACUGUUAUGGAGGACUUGGGAGAUCUUGUCUUGUAGCUGCAUGUCUCCUCCUCUACCUGUCUGACACAGUAUCACCACAGCAAGCCAUAGACAGCCUGAGAGACCUAAGAGGAUCUGGGGCCAUACAGACCAUAAAGCAAUAUAAUUAUCUUCAUGAGUUCCGGGACAAACUAGCUGCACAUCUAUCAUCAAGAGAUUCACUAUCAAGAUCUGUAUCUAGAUAAAAAUAAUUAUUUUAAAUCACAUAUAUAUAUAUGACCAUGUCUAAAAUUUGAGUUCUCUAACAUAAUCUGUAUUGAAAUGAAAUUACUAGUGUUAUCAAAUUGAAUGUAAAUGUAUGUGUGCAGAUAUUCCUAAAGCUUUUAUUGACAAAUU